UUGAAAAAAAAACCAAAAUGUUAUAAAACGUGUACAGAGCACAAAUUUAUGUGAAAGAAUAAUCCUUUCGGCAGAAAGUUACACUUGUCGGUUACAAUCGUGUUUUAAAUUCAAACCCACAGGUUGUCCGGAUUUCACUGUCCGCUUCUGUAUGUAUGUACAUACAUCUUCAUUAGUUUUAGCUGAUACAUACAACUGUUAGGUGAACAAAACUAUUAUUUUCUAUAGCAACAUGUAGCAAGACUACACAAAUUUUAAUACCCCAGCAUAAGUAAUAUGCCAAAUUUCGUAUAAAAUAUUCAUUUCUAAAAGCUUCAAGUAAAAAACAUGGUGUUUCCUCUUCAAAUAAGAUUCCAUUUUUUUCAUAAAUAAUUUUAGAUUUUUUUUUUGUGGAUACAGAUCACUUGAUAUCAUAAUAUUUUAAUUAUGCUGCUAUGAAAAAGUGGUAAUUUGGAAUCCUCUUCGAGAGAUAUGUGAUUAAAAUGCAUACAUAGUAGCAGAAAUGAAGCAAACUACAAAUGUAUUUACACUUUACUAAGUGCCAAAACCACUGUGCUUUUUACGCGAAAUCGUGAAGGAAAAAUACAAAGAAAUAUUUCCGUAAACGUCAAAUUAUUAUCAUCGAAAUACAAGCAUUGUUUGUCACUUUUGGGAAAAUUCUAAACACGGAAGCACAUAGACUUUUUGUUUUCGAUUUUUAACGUCUGUAUUUCUGCUCAAAUAUUUCUGAUUCUACUGAAAAUAUUGAAAUAUAAUCUUAUCUUUCGAUACCAUCCAAGCUCGUGCUGAUAAAGGAUUACUGAUCUAAUUUCUUGAUCGUUAUAUUUUAAAAAUUACCUGAGCGCAACAUCGAGUACGACUAUGGAACUACCUGCGUUUCAACAAUUAAAUAUUCGCAGGAGUACACGUGGUAAGCGGCCAUUGCGCAAUCUAACACCUAACGACAAAAUUCGGGCUAUUCAACGUAUUCAUCAAGGGGAGACCAAAGCUUCUGUUUCAAGGGACAUUGGAGUGCCAGAGUCAACACUUCGAGGCUGGUGUAAAAAUGAACAUAAGCUUCGUUUUAUGUGUAGCCAGAUGAAUGAAAAAAAUGAAAUAGAGCUAAUUCCGAUUUACAAACUAGACAAAUUUCAACCAGCUGCGAAAAGAUAUAAAUUAGAUGGAAGGGAUUCUUUUAACUCGGCCAGUAAUAUUGAGAAUUUGAUCGAAUUCAAUGGAAUGUCCAAUUUGAAUAACAUCCACUUUGAUAUCAACGAUAACAACUAUGAAAACGCGUUACUUGAAGAAACUUUAAGCGAUUUUCUAAGAAAUAAGUCUUUGCCAGAUUCGAACGAAAUGAUGAAGCAAAAGUUGCUGAUUAAAGGCAAUCAAAUUUCACCUGGCUUGUGUUCAAUAGGCCAGACUUUAUCAUCCAUUAGUACAUCAACGAAUUAUAAAGAAUAUCAUUUUAGUCCCUACAAUUUAAAUUAUUAUUCAAAGUUAAAUUCUAGUUUUAUGUCAGCGAAAUCUAGUGUAGUUAGUUCCAGUUUUGAACGUAGCAAACCAAAACAUCAACAUGCUAUUAAUAGAAAUAUUGACAAAUCGGCUCUUACAGAUCCCUUUAAUGAAAAAAAAUAUUCAAUUACAUACAACAAGUGGUCCAACAUUCUUUCAGCAGGUAGUAAUACUGAAACUAUUAAAGCAAGUACUCACAAUACGGAAUGGAACGAUUACAAUGUAUUAGCUAUUACCAACAGAGACGGCAUAAAUAAUGAUAAAAACAUUGUUGAUCACAAUAGAAGUAACCAGUGCAGCAAUGAUUUGAGAUUACUUCAGUGGUGUAAAGUUUUCAACGCAAGUUUGAAUUUUUUGACCUUAGCAGCCACUGCUGCUACAUUGCAACCUACCCCAGUUUAUGUGCAUGGAGGUGGUGAUUCAAAAAAUUUUACAUCUCAAACAGACAUGACGGAGUGCAUUUUUGAAACACAAAACAACAUUCAGAGCUACUAUGAAAGUGAACCAGAAGAUCUCUCCAAAAGGGUUUCAAAAACUUCUAUGUCCAUUACAAGUCAGUCUCACAGCUCCAAUUCUUUUUUCAAAGAGUUUCAGGUCGUAAACAAGAAUUUGCAAUAAGUGAAUAUAUACAAGUAUAUAUAUAUAUAAUUAAAAAUGAACAAAUUUGACGAAUACUAUUUGCAGAAUUUAUAUUACUAUAACUAUGUUCCUUAACUUUCAUUGCGCUUUAAAAUUUGUUAUUUAUUGUUUAAUAAAGAGAUUAUUCUAUUAAAGAAAACUGAUACAAGAUAUUAAAAUUAUAACACAUAUUUUUCACAAAAUUAUUUCUACACAUAUAAAUACAUUGCUAUAUAUGAAGGAAGGUAGUUGAACAUGACAAUGUUUACAAAUACAUUCAAGUUAGCUACUAGACUUUCGUUCUUAGAUACCAGACAUUUACCAUCGAUUUCUGAAAAUUUCGUUUAUCUGCAAGACUUCGUAAAAAGGGACCAUAAAAAAUAAUACCCUUAUAGUAUGAGCAUCGAACCGGCGAACAUAACGAGGUAUAGUUUAUAUUUUUCGGCAUUCCAAAUUCUAUUAUUUCAAUUUGUCAAAAUAACUAAGAAUAAAAUUUAUAAUGACCCCGACGUGAUACGAGUACCACGUGCAGUUACAUUGCUUAAUUUAUUGCUCCUUUCGCAGUAACAAGAACAGAUUACCAUAUCCUAUAGUUAACUCAUCGCGGUUAUUAGUGUUGUUAUUCGUGGUUUUUCUCCUAUUCUUCUCUGCAAAAAUAUACAGUAUGCAAAUUACGAAUAAUCGAAUUUAAAAUAAGUUCUGCUAUUCAGGAAAUGGACUUUAUUGAAGGUAUGUGCUUAUUAAGUAAUCCGAAUUUUAAGGUUUAAAAAAGUUCUUUGUAUAAAAUUUACAGACAUCUUGCCCCCUGAGCAGUGUCACAAUGCAAUGUAAGUAGUACUAGAUGAAUUGCUAGAGGAUAUAACUUUGUAGUUUGAAACAAAUGUGGAUAAAAAUAAAAGACCAAGAGAGUCAAACAUUUUUUAAUAAGUGGGUACUUGUCUGCUAUGUGCUGCACAACAUACUCUUGAAAGGGCGAGAUUCUUCACACUUUGAAAGGCAAAGUGUCGAAGCCCAUGAAUUCCAAUAUGAUGGAAAUGAUAUUGUUGCACCUACCCCCGAACUAAAAAGACAAGCACUAUAAAAUUUAAUUUUUGAAUAAUAAUAAUAUUUUUGUUUUAAUAACAAGUAACUAAAAUUAUUUAUUUGUUUAUUGGUUAUUAUAUUAUAUUAUUAUUAUUAUUAUUAUUAUUUUUGAAGUUAUACUUCUUAUACGAAUUCGGAAAAGGUUGCGUUAAAUGCAAGUUGCGCAACCUUCCUCAAUAUGAAUCUAACGCAACCUUGUCUGUGAAGAUGUUCGAGUAGCAAGGGAAGCGGUGACAAUCGGCGAUCGUUUUUUUCGGCACAACUCGGCUUUUCUACCAACAACACAAUGUUGCCAUGCUUAUGCUGUUGUUGUUUUUGUAGAACAAUGUUUCAAUUUUUGGUUGGUGACAUAUUCACAUGUGUGCGCAUAUGUAGUAUGUUUGUAUGCUUGUGCAUUAUUGAAGUUAUACUUCCGUUUAAAUGAAUUAAGCAUCCCCCCACGUAAACCGGUAAAACUAGCACACACUAAUACUUGAUGACACCACACUCGCACACAAGACAACUCACCAAACUUGUACAUCCACCCACUCAGCAUAAAGGAUGGUCCCCUGAGUAGAUUCAACACAAUUGGUUCUAAGCAAUUCGUUCGAUACACUGCGCCGCGAUAACCGCUCACGCUAUUCUACAGAAAACCAUUUCACCGAUCCUGUGCGCGUUAAUUCGAAUCCUCAACCAUCCAGAGCGCUACAUCAUAUUCGUUCUAAACAAUUCGAGCCACACAAGCCGCACAUUAAAAUUCGCUUCGUAUAGACACUGCGCCGCUACGCUACCGCGAUUAGACCUUUCGACCUCCAUCCGCGAGAACUCGAUCGCCAGCUCCAGCAAAUCGGAACAGGAUUCUCGCCGCCGUGUUUGCUACUUAUUUUUAUUGCAAUUAAAUUGUGAAACAUUUAUAUUAUAUUUCCGUUGGUGAGAUUGUGAUAAUACAAACAAAAUUCAUUUUUAAUAAACAUAAAUUUCGUAUACUUUUAUUCAUGGUCCUUCGAGCCUUACAGAAAUGCACUAUUGGAAAACUAAAAUCAAAAUAAAUACGUAUAAAAGUGGUGACAGGAGGAUGGAGUCAUGUGUAGAAGUUCACGCAAGUGAGGAAAGUUCUCUGAUUGCCAUUCACUUGGGAGUGGCCAGAAACGAUUCUUUUACAUGUGACUCAAGCAGCUCACGACUUCCGGUCUUUGACCAAGUAUCCUCUGGGUAGCCUAAGAACAUCCGUUUGAAGGCGAGCUAACGUGAGAAGGCGAAACAUCCCCUGCAUAGGGUUGUGCGCUGGGUUUGGGACCCCCACGUAAACAAACACCCCCAAUAAAAAUCAACUAUAAGCCUCGGAUGAGAAACCCCCCUUUCGAUGACGACCAUGGCAAACGAAAUAAGGACUACGAUUUGAGGGCAUGCACCUGGAAUGUCCGGUCCCUUAAUUGGGAAGGUGCCGCUGCCCAGCUGGUUGAUGUCCUCGUGAAAAUAAAGGCUGACAUCACCGCCGUCCAAGAAAUGGGAUGGACGGGACAAGGACAGAGGCGAGUAGGUCCUUGUGACAUUUACUACAGUGGCCAUAUAAAGGAGCGCAAGUUUGGUGUUGGAUUCGUGGUUGGAGAGAGACUCCGUCGCCGAGUACUAUCAUUCACUCCGGAGAAUGAACGUCUAUCCACAAUCCGCAUCAAAGCGAGGUUCUUCAACAUAUCGCUGAUUUGCGCCCACGCCCCGACGGAAGAGAAGGACGAUGUGACCAAAGAUGCCUUUUAUGAGUGCUUGGAGCGCACUUAUGAGAGAUGCCCCCGCCACGAUGUCAAAAUCGUGCUUGGCGACUUCAACGCCAGGGUGGGCAAAGAAGGUAUCUUUGGCACUACGGUCGGUAAAUUCAGCCUCCACGAGGAAACAUCCCCAAAUGGGUUGAGGCUGAUCGACUUCGCCGGGGCCCGAAAUAUGGUUAUCUGUAGUACUAGAUUCCAGCAUAAGAAGAUACAUUAAGCUACCUGGCUGUCUCCGGAUCGAAAAACUACCAACCAGAUCGAUCAUGUUGUGAUAGACGGAAGACACGUUUCCAGUGUUUCAGAUGUGCGUGCGCUCCGAGGUCCUAACAUCGACUCGGACCACUAUAUUGAGUCUCUGAGAGCACUCGUCAACAACUCGGUAUAAGGGAACUGUGGGACGGCAUUUCAAACUCCUUACGCACAGCUGCAACCGAAACCAUUGGUUUUCGGAAAGUGCAAAAGAACAGCUGGUACGACGAGGAGUGCCGUGUCGCAGCGGAGAGAAAACAGGCUGCCUACCUCGCAACGUUACGAUCGACCACAACACGUGCGGGAUGGGAUAGAUACCGAGAGUUGAAGAGGGAAGCGAGACGCAUUUGCAGACAGAAGAAGAAAGAGGCCGAAAUGCGUGAGUACGAACAGCUCGAUAAGCUGGCCGACAGGGGUAAUGCUCGAAAAUUCUACGAAAAGGUGCAGCGGCUUACAGAAGGUUUCAAGACCGGAGCAUACUCCUGUAGAACCCCCCAAGGUGAUCUAGUUACCGAUGCCCAGAGCAUACUUAAAUUAUGGAGGGAACACUUCUCCAACCUGCUGUAUGGCAGUGAUAGCACAACACCGGGAGAAGGCGAACCCGAUACCCCAAUCGAUGACGAUGGAGCAGGCGUUCCAUUGCCCGACCAUGAAGAAGUUCGAAUAGCAAUUGCCCGACUGAAAAACAACAAAGCGGCAGGGCCGAUGGAUUGCCGGCCGAGCUAUUCAAAUACGGCGGCGAAGAGCUGAUAAGGUGCAUGCAUCAGCUUCUUUGCAAAAUAUGGUCGGACGAAAGUAUGCCCAACGAUUGGAAUUUAAGUGUGCUAUGCCCAAUCCAUAAAAAAGGAGACCCCACAAUCUGCGCCAACUACCGUGGGAUUAGCCUCCUCAACAUCGCAUAUAAGGUUCUGUCGAGCGUAUUGUGUGAAAGAUUAAAGCCCACCGUCAACAAACUGAUUGGACCUUAUCAGUGUGGCUUCAGACCUGGUAAAUCAACAACCGACCAGAUAUUCACCAUGCGCCAAAUCUUGGAAAAGACCCGUGAAAGAGAAUCGACACUCACCACCUAUUCGUCGAUUUCAAAGCUGGUUUCGACAGCACGAAAAGGAGCUGCCUUUAUGCCGCGAUGUCUGAAUUUGGUAUCCCCGCAAAAUUAAUACGGCUGUGUAAACUGACGUUGAGCAACACGAAAAGCUCCGUCACGAUCGGGAAGGACCUCUCCGAGCCGUUCGAUACCAAACGAGGUUUCAGACAAGGCGACUCCCAAUCGUGCGACUUCUUCAAUCUGCUGCUGGAGAAAAUAAUUCGAGCUGCAGAACUUAAUCGAGCAGCACAAUCUUUUGUAAGAGUGUACAGCUGCUGGCGUAUGCCGAUGAUAUUGAUAUCAUCGGUCUCAACACCCGCGCCGUUAGUUCUGCUUUCUCCAUACUAAACAAGGAAGGAAUGCAAAUGGGUCUGGCAGUGAACGAGGGCAAGACGAAAUAUCUCCUGUCAUCAAACAAACAGUCGUCGCACUCGCGACUUGGCACUCACGUCACUGUUGACAGUCAUAACUUUGAAGUUGUAGAUAAUUUCGUCUAUUUAGGAACCAGUAUUAACACCACCAACAGUGUCAGUCUGGAAAUCCAACGCAGGAUUACUCUUGCCAACAGGUGCUACUUCGGACUGAGUAGGCAAUUGAAAAGUAAAGUCCUCUCUCGACGAACAAAAGCCAAACUCUAUAAGUCGCUCAUAAUUCCCGUCCUGCUAUAUGGUGCAGAGGCUUGGACGAUGACAACAACCGAUGAGUCGACGUUGCGAGUUUUCGAGAGAAAAGUUCUGCGAAAGAUUUAUGGUCCUUUGCGCGUUGCCCACGGCGAAUAUCGCAUUCGAUGGAACGAUGAGCUGUACGAGAUAUACGACGACAUUGACAUAGUUCAGCGAAUUAAGAGACAGCGGCUACGCUGGCUAGGUCAUGUUGUCCGGAUGGAUGAAAACACUCCGGCUCUGAAAGUAUUCGACGCAGUACCCGCCGCGGGAAGCAGAGGAAGAGGAAGACCUCCACUCCGUUGGAAGGACCAAGUGAAAAAGGACCUGGCUUCGCUUGGAAUAUCCAAUUGGCGCCACGUAGCGAGGAGAAGAAACGACUGGCGCGCUAUUGUUGACUCGGCUAUCAUCGCGUAAGCGGUGUCUACGCCAGUAAAGAAGAAGAAGAAAAGUGGUGACAAAAGUGCAGUGAGACAAAACAAGAAAACUAUAUGUACGUACAUACAUACGCAUAUAACAAAAAAAACAGCCAAAUCAAAAGACAACGUUGGUCUAAAAUAAAAAAAAAAGUUAAAUAAAAUAAAGCGGCUCCCAAAAGAUAUGUAUACACAAAUGUACAUAUAUAUGAAGCCAGAGGGUAUAUCCCAAUGAAAUCUGCAAAAACAAAAACAGGGGUGCGAAUUAGUUACUAUUACAAAAAUAUAAACAUAAAAGUGCAGUGCGAAACAUAAUAACUAACAACGGAAAAAAGAGGUUCAAUUCGAUAAAAAAAAACUGAGACAAAUAUAUAUAUAUAAAACUACAAUAAAAGAGCGGGCGCAAAAUGCAAAACUAAAUAAUAAUAACCAACAAAAUACAUAACUUCAAAAAGCGCUAAUUAACCAAACAGACUCUAAAAACAUUAAACAACAACAAGCACAGUAAAGGACUGGAAGAAAAAACCAAAGACAUAUGUUAAAAGUUUUACACAAACAAAGACUCACACAAUCGUGCGCGAAAAGUAAAACUAAACAAUAAGCUAAAAUACAAAUCGGGCGCGAAAAUCUAAAACACCAAUAAAACAAACAAAAACGAAAAAAACGGGUGCGAACAUUAAAAUAAAUAUACAUACAUACAAACAACCCAACAACACAAGGAGGUGGCCAGGCAGAGACAGGAAUUGGAACAAGGCGAACAGACAAACCAACUGGAAACGAUUCGGAGAGGAGCAAAGGCAUUUUACCUAAUACACACACAUAUAUACAGCCACAUUAUCCCAAAAAACCCCUAUUGGAAAACACAGUGAGCGUAUUAUGUCCUUUAUUUAUUUGAUACAUACAUAUGCCUAAAGAUAAUAUAAUUUUACCAAACACGGUAAAAGCCGAAAUACCGUUUCGAGUAAUAUAUGUAGAUAUUUCAAAAUAUACAUAUGUACAUAUGUAUAUAAAAAUAUAGAAGCGUACCUUAUGCUUACAUACGACAUAGAAUCUGCAUUUCCUUACAUACCCUACACUGGGUACCAAAUUAUUAAAAAUAUUAAUUUUAAUUAAUUUUCAAAAAAAAAAAAUCGUACUUUCCGUAAAGAACUAAUCGGAACGGUUAAGUAAAAAUCACAAAUUACGUUUGUUGAAACGAAUCCAAAAAAAUCAUUUUCACUAAAUACAUAUAAGUUUGUGGACACAACCGUAUCCGGCAAUAUAUCUUGUUCUUUGGCAAACAAAAACAAGCAGGAUUGUGGACAAAAAGCUAAUUGAUCUCUCUAACGAGCUCUCAAUUGCUUACGAACAAAGCAUAACAAACAAUUCGUGCAUACUUAUGUACAAAGCAUAUUGAUCUCUUCGACGAGCUCUCAAUUGCACAAAACAUAAGCAACUUCAUACGCACAUACAAACAUACAUAUAAGUCCAAGUAUUAGGGUGUACCUAAAUACAAAAUAUUCGGACAUAAAAUAUUUUAAUUAAUAAAAAGUACGGUUUUUAAUAGCAAUUAACAAUUCAAAAUAAAACAUAAAUAAAAAUAAUACCAGUGCAAAUAAAUACAAAACGAUAUUAAUAAAAUAUACGUUUGUACCGAUAUAAUCUGAAAAAAACUCUUAUUUAUUUAAAAAAGAGUAUACAAUGUAUUACACUUUUCGCUUCUAUUAGAUGCCAUAAAUCAGUUUACACUGAGAAAAACUUUAACAAUAUUUUAAUACAAAAAUAUACAAUAUAUCAAAAAUGGUUAAUAACAAAAAUCAAAGUACACUUGGAGCUACACGCUCAAAACGGGUUGCUAGAUUUAUUUCAGAAAGUGAUACUUUAACAAGAUACUGCACUAGAUUUGCCUCUUCACCGAUUCACGAAAACUCGGAAUCGUUAUUAGAAAUAAAAAGCCAAAAUCUCAAAAAUUUUUGGACUCGCCUCCAAGUGGCUCAUGACGCCAUAGUAGAUUCUGACAAUUCAGAUCUACCACAAAAUUUUAAAUCAUCGGCUUACGAUAUUUUUGAAAACUGCUUGGACCAAUAUGAAGAAACGAAAGCUAUGAUCUCCGAUCAAUUAAAGCUCAUUAAAGCAAUUACACCUAUUCCCCACAGCAGAGUAGAGCUGCCACAAAUAGACAAUCAAGAGGCAAGUUCAGGCAUCCAACUCGAGGUGCCUGCAUGUGAUACAGAAACGUUUUACCGAGGUUAUGAAGAAUGGCCGUCCUUCCGGGACUUGUUCACAGCCGUUUACAUCAACCAUCCAUAACUAUCAAAAGCACAAAAACUGUAUCACCUCCGAUACAAAACAAAAGGUCAAGCAGGCGAAAUAGUUAAACAGUUCGCUCUCAAUGACGAAAAUUUCAAUUUUGCUUGUGAAGCUGUUAAAGGACGUUAUGAGAACGAAAGAAUAUUGGUCGAUAAGCAAGUAACGACACUAUUAAACUUGCCUAAAAUCAAGAAAGAAACAAGUGAAGAAUUUGUAACACUACAAUCCACUGUUUCUAAUUGUUUGUCGGUUCUAUCGACACUAAAUAUUCCCACAGGCAGCUGGGACCCAAUUCUGGUAAACGCACCGCCGCAUUACCAGAAAAGUUGUUACUUCUAUGGGAGUAAUCGCUCUCAUCACGAAAAAAGUGCCCAACGUGGCAACAAAUUGAAGAUUUUCUCACCACCCAAUAUGAAAUUGCGGAAAGGUUAGAAGAAAAAAUAAUAAAAAACAAGUAAGGAAGGGCUAAGUUCGGGUGUCACCGAACAUUUUAUACUCUCGCAUGAUAAAGUGAUAAUCGAGAUUUCAUUAUCCGUCAUUUACAUAUUUUUUUAUUUUGCUGUAAAAUUAAUUAGAAUUAAAUUCUGGGAGAUUUGCCGAUAUUUUCGGUGCAAAAUUAGGUUAGGUUAGGUUAGGCACUGAGUUCUUCGUGUUCGAUAUUAGGGACCUUGAAAAGUUAUUGUCCGAUCACGACAAUUUUUCCACAAGGAAUACCUCAGCUCAAAUACCGUAUAUUAUUAUACAGAUAAUGUAUAUAUUAUACAGAGAAGACAUCAGAUGGAAUUCAAAAUAGCGUUAUAUUGGAAGAAGGCGUGGUUGUGAACCGAUUUCACCCAUAUUUCGUACAUGUCAUCAGGGUGCUAAGAAAAUAUUUGUUUCUAUCGCUAUUGCUAGCCACCACUUACCUCGGCACUUGUCAACUCAUCGGCAAAAAAUAGACACAGUUUGGUUAGUUUGGUUUCCUUUUGUUUAAUUUAAUUUUUAGUUUAAUGUUUGAUUUUGAUUUGUUUUAUUAAAGACACCGUUCGUAUCGUUGGAUUCACUGCACUUCGAAAUAGGGAUACGGAAAACUGACGCUGCGUGACACGUUCGCUCGGUGCGAGAUCGUUGUAACAAAGGGGAAGUCGUCCUCUCGAACGGUCGGUUUUGAUUGUUGGGUAGUGUAGAGUUGUGGUGUGAUGUUCGUAUGUGUGAUAUAUAUUCAUGUGUAGUAGUGUGUGGUGUCUUCAUGUGGGAUGUCUGGAUGUGUGGUGUCUUCACAUGUGGAUCGCGUUAGUGUGGUUGUUCAGUGUCGGGCGUACAGAGGGAAAAGCUAACUCUUCUAGCCAUCCCGGCCCCCCUAGGCGAAUAUUAGCCUAGCAGACGCUGUAAUUGCUGCAGCGUGGCAACAACGCUGUUAAGGCCAGUUUAGCGGCGGUAUGAUGAACGAUGCUGCUGGCGCCGCGGGGGUGCUUCAUUUCGCCUUGUUCUGGACGAUGGAGGGGCCGACUUGGCUGCUGCGAUCGGUUCGUGGCAAGCUGCCGCGCGACGGGCCGUUUUGGGGUGCGAUGCAGCAUGGUAUGGUGCGGCCUAUUGCACAGUUGGCAUAGGGUGAUGGAUGUACACUCCUGGGUGGUGUAUACCGUUGCUAAGCAAUUCAGGCAGUGCCCAUGAGCUUGAGCAACCUUCUGCCGUUGCAUGGGCUGCAUGCUGCGAAAGAUGCAACAAUGUUGUAGCCGGUGUGGGCGCCGACACAGGGGACAUCGGCUGCGCUGAGGUUCUGCUACGGGCGCUGAGGACGGUGGUAGUGGUCGCGUGCUACUACGAUGAGCGGUAGCAGUGGCGGUUGCCGCUGGAGUUCGAGGCGGUGGAGUUGCCCCAGGACGUGGCACGGUUAUGGCUGACCUCACCGUUGGCGUUGGCACUGCUGGCAUAUCCACAUCCAUUGUAAUCUGUGUGGGAGGAGGAAUGUGGUUAAAAUGUGUGUCAUUAAAAUGUGUAUGGCGAUCGUGCCACGUUAUGUGGCAUGAAAGGGUCGUCAUGUAGAUCGACCAUUGCAUUAGGUUUCGAAAUAGUUUAAACGAGUUUUUUAUUUGCGGGUUUAUUACUUCGGGUUUUUGGUUAUUUGAUUUGCGUUACGAUAGUAUCGGCUGUUUUUUCGUUAUUUGCGGUUUCGUCAAUGUGUGGUAGAAAACAUAGUUUCACGAGCGGUCUUGUUAAUAUACCGCUUUGAGUGCGGAGCUCAACGACUCGUACAUGACCGUCGGAGCCGUAGUGUAGUUUUUCAAUGCGGCCAAGCCGCCAUUCUGUAGGGGGCAGACAAUCAUCAUGGAUGAUGACACAAUCUCCAAACUUUGGUGCCUUUUCUGGAAUCUUCCACCUGUACCUUUUAUGAAGGUCCUUUAUAUAUUCUUCCUUCCAUCGGCGGCUGAAUUCGUGAUGGAGGAUUUUUAUUCUCUCCCAUUGAUUUAAUAAGGAUAGCGACCCUACGCCUGGCUCAGGUGUGGCCAGAAUGGGUGCUCCUUUGAGAAAAUGUCCUGGUGUUAGGGCUGUGAAGUCAGAGGGAUUUGCGAGAGGGUUGUGAGUGGCCGUGAAUUGAGAACGGCUUCAAUUCGCACUAACAGUGUGGUGAACUGUUCAUAAUUAAAUUUGUAGUUUCCAGCUACUUUUUUGAAGUGGGAUUUAAAGCUUUUUACUGCUGAUUCCCAUAAACCAUCCAUAGGAGGAGCGCUUGGGGGAUAAAUUGCCAGUUAAUGCCUUGGGGCGCAUACCUUUGUACAAUCUCUGGUGAGACUUGUUUGAUAAAAUCCACAAUUUCCUUUUCAGUGGCUCUUUGGGCUCCAAUGAAGGUCUUACCGUUAUCGCUCAUCAGUUUUGAUGGGAAGCCGCGUCGUCCGACGAAGCGAGCGAAUGCCGCGAGAAAAGCCUCCUUUGUCAGAUUCGUACACAGCUCGAGGUGCACUGCUUUUGUCGUAAAACAGACAAAGACAGCCACAUAGCCUUUCAUUAGAGUGGGGGACCUUAGCUUGGACGCCUUUAUCUGAAAAGGCCCAGCAAAGUCGACACCUGUAACUGUGAAAGGCAGAGCGAAGUUGCAGCGUUCCGGUGGAAGUGCUGCCACAAUCUGAGUUCGUAACUUCUGCUUGUGCAUAGUGCAGA